CGCAAUCGCGUAAUUAGUCCACAAAUCUUCGCUUUUGAAGGAACAAAUCCAAUCGCACUGUCGAAGUUCACUUCAACUCCAAUGAGGCACGGCGUUUCAAGGCGGAAGCGUGUUCCGGUACGCUCCUUUCUGAUUCUCUGCGCAGCCUUUAUUUCCGUAACCUGGCUCAUGCUCACACUAAGAUCCCUCGACGCACCGCCGAUCACCACCGCCGCCUCCGCCAACGGAGCCGUGCUGGAUUUUCCUGCCCAGCUGGAGCUCCGGGAGCUUAAAAGAAACGCGUCUUUGUCUUCGGCCGAGGCACCCGUUCAAGCUCGGCCCAAGUCCUGCGCUACGGUGGAGGAAAUGGGCAAGGUUUUUAAAGGGAGGAUUGUGAAGGAGACUCUUAGAGUUCGAAGGAUUAUUCAAACUCACUUUUCCAUAAAUGGCGCGCUGAGAAUACGUGAACUUCCGCCGGAGCAGUUCUGUAGACAUGGGUUUGUGAUCGGAAAAGCAUCGGAAGCUGGUUUUGGCAACGAAAUGUACAAGCUAUUAACUGCCGCUGCCUUGAGUGUAAUGCUGAACCGGUCACUGAUCAUUGGGCAAACCAGGGGUAAAUAUCCCUUUGGGGAUUACAUUUUGUAUUCAAAUCUCACCUUUACGUUGAGAGAAGUUAAGCAUUUGUGGAGACAAAAUGGUUGUGUAAAAAAGUAUGGAAGGCAUCUUGUGAUGAGGAUCGAUGAUUUCGAGAAGCCGACGAAGACAAACGCCCUCUGUGGCAAUUGGAGGAAGUGGCGCCAACCGAUCAUAUGGUACCAAGGCACCACAGAUGCUGUAGCAGCCCAGUUUUUCUUGAAGAACGUACAUCCCGAUAUGAGGAACGCGGCUUCCGAGUUGUUCGGAAACCCGGAAUCUCUUCAUUCAAGGCCUAAUGUAUUUGGAGAACUAAUGAGAAUGCUCAUUUCACCUUCAAGAGAUGUUGAGGAAGCUGUAAAUUGGGUUAUUGGUGGUGGUAGGGACCCUGAUAUUACAUUGCACAUGCGGAUGCUUAUGAAUAGGUCGGUGAGAGCGGCGCAGGCUGCAUUAAACUGCCUCAAAAGAGCGAUACGCAACUUACGGCAAGGGUCGAGACCCAGGGUGGUUGUAAUAUCUGAUACCCCCUCUUUCGUGAAAGGCAUAUCACCAAAUAUAACUGAAGUUGCUGAGGUUCUUCAUUUUGAUUACGGACGUUUCAAAGGCAACGUCUCUCGUGACAUUAAAUCAUCGCCGAGUUUGGAUUUUAGAGUGAAAGAUUGGGGACCGGCACCUAGGUGGGUUGCUUUUGUCGACUUCUUUCUUGCAUCUCGUGCAAGGCAUGCCGUUGUUUCAGGGGCUUACAGACGUGUCGGGACUACCUAUGCUCAGUUAAUCACUGCAUUAGCUGCAGCUAACAGUAUCGGGGAAAAUUCGACAUCUUCGAGAUUCUCUUUCCUAAGCAGCUUCCAGGGUAACUUGUUGGCAGAAGGUUUGAAGCUUCAGGUGGGGUGGGGACACGUAUGGAACCGAUUUGCUGGACCGUUGAGUUGUCGGGGGCAGCCGAAUCAGUGUGCUUUCACACCGCUUCUUCCUCCGGCUUGGUGGGAGGAUCAAUGGCAAUCUCCAAUCCCGCGCGAUAUUCAUCGGUUGGAACAAUAUGGUAUCCGACUCUCCGGCUUGGGAACGACAGACGAGAAUCAGAUUCGCGGCUUUUGUAGUUCUAGGAAGAACAUUGUGAAAACUGUUCCAUUCAUAUAGAAUUAGAUGCAAUGGAUGCAGCUGCAAUUCUUUUUUAUACAUUAGAACCCUUCUGAUGUGUGAAGGUGAUGCCUUCAUGUGUGCUUCCAGCUGGGUAAAUUACAGCUUGUAGUAAAAGAAGUAUUUAUUGGGUAAUUAUGUAUUUAGUAUCUAAACUUA